CCGAACGCGGGGUAUAGUAUGUACGAUUCAAUUGCUCAUCUCUGAACUCUUGCAUGCAACCUGAUUGCCUCUAUUGACGGUAUAAAAGGGAAGCACUCUUGGAGUUAGAGGUGAACCCUGUCUACGAUUAGAAAGACUGCGGUCUAGUGAUGGAGUCUCUCCUGAGGGGAGAGCUCAGUUUCAGGGGAGCAAGGGAGGUACUGAGAGAAGAUGGGUGUGGACUGGGAUGGCCGACCUCCCCUUUGCCUGUCGACAUUUCUCCAGCUUCCCAGUUUGCCCUGACCGCUGCUUACCAUGACAUCAAACAAAGGCUUGCCGGUCUGGAGCGGGAGAACAGCAGCAUUAAAAAGAAGCUAAAGAACUAUGAGAUAACAUUCCCCAUGAUCAGUGUGUUUGAGGAAGAGAGGAGCAUGUGCCGAACAUGUGACCCCACAGAGGCCACGCUGAUGCAUGUGGAAGAUAGCCUGAACCUUCAGCAGAGGAUCAGCAACCUUACCCAAGAGCUUCAGAAAAGUAAAGCUCAGAAGGAGCACCUGGAGGAGGUGAUUAAGGCCUACGAGAAUAUCCAUCUGGAGAAGACCAGCGUGCAGAAGGACCUGGACAACAUGGCAACCCUGGCAGAACAGCACCUGAAGCGGAUCAGGGGUCUGGAGACAGCUCUCAGGCAGAGAGAUCUCCUGCUGCAGAGGAGGUGCUCCAGGCUGGGUAGCGCAAGGGAGUCGUCUUACUCUCGGAGCAGAGAAGCCUACUGCCUGCAUCUCCAUAACAGCCUGGAUGUGCCCUGUGAUUGUCCUGGUCCAACCCUGCACAGUUCGCGUAGUUUGGACACCCUCACUGACCUAAGGGUACUACGCCUGGAGGCUGAGCUUGAAGGUGCACGGCACGAGGCUCAGGGAGCGUUUCAGCGAGAGGAGGAGCUUAAGUCAGAGCUCCAGCGACUGCAGGAAGAGGUCCAACAUUUACAGGACCAGCAAAGACAGGAGUUGGAUGCCCCAUGUGAACACUGCAGUGUGGAGUGGAUCAAGAAAGCAGGAGAUGAACAAGUAAAUCUUGCCCUGGCCUACACAGAGCUCACUGAGGAGCUAAGACGCAUUUGCAUCUUAACCGCUGAGCAGAGCGAGAUUCUCAGACAGGCACGAAAUCCUCCAGAACAGAAAAGCCCUGUGCUGAGGCGUUCCCCAGCCCCCCAUCACAGCUCAGUUGCUUCCCCCCUCCCCUUAACCACCCUCUCUCCUCUCACUCCCUCUAUCUCUCACUCCGCUUGCCCCUCUGUGCACCACCUACGGGCCAAUUUCCAAGGCCGCCGUAGCUACUCUGAGAUGGCCAGCUCCUCCGCCCACCAGGGCUCUGCUCAGAUCAUCUGCAAUCCGGUGUCCACACUCCCAAAACCUCGCCCAGGAGGUAAUGGCUAUCUGGGGCAGCAGGAGCAGUCUCAGGCGUCAUCAGUAGGGACCCGCCCAGCCUCCGCUCAUGGGCGGAGCCUGAGCAGAGGGGACAUGACCAGCAGCCCGCGGCUGGAACUGGGCUUUCCUUUGCCAGGUGUGCAGCUCCUGUGCAGCUAUGACGAGCUCCCUGCCCCUGCCCCACUAGUCACACCUCCUCAGUCUUCAGAAGAUGAAGAAGAGGAGUGGCCUUGUCCAAGCCCCACCCACAGUCCACCCAGGACUCUAGGAGUGAUGCCUCCACACCCGCCUUUCCCUGCCCCAGACGGGCCCUGCACUCUGACCUGCCCACUGCUGGGAUACCUGAGCACUGAGCAUGCACGGUCCUGGCCAUCAAUCAAACUCUGGAUGGAGUCAGAGGAGAAUGACUCACGAAACUGCCCACUCUGUCAGCUGACAUUCCCUACCGGUUACCCUGAUGACGCUCUGAUCAAACACAUUGACACUCAUCUGGAAAACAGCAAAAUCUGAUAGACCAGCUUGGCCAAGCCUUUGCUGAUCUUGUUGGAUUUAUUUACUACAUAAUAAAUUUGCUCUCCUUGGAGACAUUCAUUCAUAAAUUGGUCCAAAUUAUCAGAACUGCCCACAAUGUGUUCAGGUAAUACUGUAAGCAAAUCCCUCAAUCUACAUAUCGCACACACACAAAGCAGCUUGUAAUGACUGUUUAGAGGUUGUAGAUCUAAACUGUGAAACCCCCCCUCCUAAAACAUCACAUAUGUCAACCCAGUCAAUUGUAAUGUCUUUAAUUAAGUGUUGAUACAUGGAUGUAGCUUUAAUCCUUAUUUUCUCAUCAUUCAUAAUCCUAAAAACAUUCUAUAACCACAAAAUCCUGAAAAAUAGGGCAUAGAAUAGUAAAUGUUUUUUGUUUAAUAGAACUUUGUGAAUAGUGCUGGCAAAAAGGGACUGUUUUCUCCUGUGCUAAUAACUGCUCGGUUCCAGCCAGAUGUAUGUUUGUAAAUGUGUUAACAUGUCAACUGCCUCUGGAGAGCAUGAUGUUUUCUUUGAGCAUACAAAUGUUUAGUUCUUUGCUAGCUCAGCUAGCAAAACCUCAUGCCCAUUUAUAUCUUCAGAGUCUUCUUAUCCUGUUUGGAUUUCUGUAAUACUAACUAUGAUGUGUCCAUUAAUGUUUGAAGGGCAUUUAGAUUUUGUGCAUGUAUAACUUGACUUUAUUCUUUUUGUUAAUAACUAUGGGAGAUAUUAGCUAUUAUAUGACAGACUGGAAGAAAAGGAAAACCCUUACAGACCUCUACAAACAUUUAACAUUUGUUUCAGUGAAUGAGACAUGAAACCUAAAGAAGAGGAAUGAAGCCAUGGUUUCAGAACUGGAAAGAAUUUUCAUUCUUUAGAAGAGUCAGUACUGGAUGGCCAUUUUGAAUUUUCUGAGUCAGGUACAAAAGGAUUCCUUCAAAAUAUUCCUUCUGGCGUAAUUCCCAAUCUCAGACCUGGUAAAUUUCACAUAAUGCUCAUUUUUUGUUUUUCAUGCUCUGACUUAUCAGGUAAUGACAAAGACCUUCUUGAGUUGACUCAGGUGUGUUAUAGCAGAAAAAAGACAGUAAACAGUGCAGAGUUGCUAGGUGUGGGACUGGCAAUGAGAGCCAGUGUCUUUGGGGUUACAGGUAUCAGGACCCUCUGCCUUCUGCUGGGAUUUGCUUUUAAACCUGACCUAGGCUUUCAGUACACAUCAGAUCCCAGACCACCACACUGUCACAGUAUCUUCACCAGAGCACUCCGCCACCAAAUCCUUCUGUCACCUGGUAGCAGAUUGGCUGGAGAAAAUAAGCAUCAAACUGUGUGUCUUUGUUUUCCUUCACAGGUUCCAUCUGUCACUUUGUAAGUGUGUAUCCUGUGAGCAUGCUAUGAUUAGAUGCAGGCUCAUUAUAAUGGAACCAGACAAAACAAACUACCUAACACCAGCUAUGUGCUUUAGAGCUGCUGUUGAUGGAGAUGUUUUUGAUCCUGAUUGUCCUGAUUGGGUUCUACAAGAGCGUGAUUGACCUGCGUGCUCCUGAGGUGACGCCGAUAUGUGCAAGCGUUGGCUAGAUGGUUAGUGCCAAACUAAAUCGGUGGAGUAAAACCAACACAAAGACUCAUAAUAGGUGUGUUUAUGCUGUAUGUUUACACAAGUGUAUUCUGAGGUGUGUCAAUGUUGAAGUAAUAACACAUUAAUAACAACAGCAAACCAUAAACCAGCCUGUGGGAGGUAUAAUCUCCUAUGUGAAUAAACACAUUUGUACUGUUGAAAGAUUAGAAGACUGUAGAUUGUGCUACCAACCAAAUAGCCAUCCAGUAUACAUUUUCACAAAAAACAAAAAACAAACAAAAAAAAAGUUCACACAGCAUUAGUGACAUCACUUUGGGCCUUCAUUAUGCAAAGGCUCCAAGAUCUGGGACUUGGUUGUUUAACAUAAUUACCAAACAGUAGGUAUUCAAACAGGAGUUCAUUUAAAUCUCCAGUAUGUCUUGCAGGAAGUAUGUGUAAACUAAAAAAAAAAAAGUAAUAAUACAAAAAAAGGGCUCGUGUUGGGCAACAGGCUGCUGUUUGUCUUUUUCUUUAAUGAGUUCAGCAGUUGAUUAUUUCUGCUGUUGUCUCUGUCAGGAAUAUGUACUUCUACUGAAAGCAAGUAAUAAAACUAGAAAACCAGAAUUAUUUGCUCCAGAAUCAUGUAAAAUUAUUUACUAAUAAAACAUUCAUACCAGUGUUACCUUGACAUGUACCACAUACAUAA